AUGGACGGCGACGCAGACCCGUCCGAGGAACAGCGAGAGGGCGACGCGAUCGUCGCACCCACCCUCCUAUCGACAUUAUGGGCCGUUCCCAGUCUGCUCGACCACGUCGCGUCCUCUCCGGGGGGAGCGCGCGACCUCAUCAGCCUCGCGGCCACCUGCGCGCACGCCCUGCACGCAGUCCUCUCCCUCCGCGCCUGCGCAAUCGACCUCGGCCCCCAAAGCGCUCUCCUGGCCCACUUUGCUUACCACAAAGCCACCCUCUCUUACGCUUCGAACCUCGCCAGCGGCGCCCACGGGCCGCGGAGGACCCGCGGCGCCGUGCGCUGCCUCGGCGUCGGCGUCGCGCUCGGGGACGCCUGGCAGCUGCGCCGCGCGGUGACGGACGGGGCGAUCGGCAGCUCUGGCAUCGUAGGGCAUAUUUCUGCGAACGUGUGUAGCGACGGCAAGGACGCCGCGGGCAUCGUGUGGCUGCGGCCAGCGGACGGGGCGGCCGAGGCGGCGUCGGGGACGCCUGCGGGGCUGCGUCCGACGAUUUCGGGCACAGCCGAGACCCGGCGACCGUUGCCGUGCUUCCCGCACCUGUUGCAUCUCGACCUGACGCCGGCUGGCUGCGCGGCGGGGGUGCCGGUCGCGCCGGACAUUUCCACGCUCGUGGCGCCGCGGCUGACGACGCUGGUGGUCGGACUGGGGUUCGAGGGCCCUAUACCCCCCCACCUUGCGUCGCUGACGCGGCUGGUGGCGAGCAGGUCGUGUGUGGGCGCCGACGGCGAGGACUGGCUGCCGGAGAGCAGCGCGGGCGCGCUGAUUUCGCUCGAUGUCUCGGACUCGCUGGUAGAUAGGAUUCCUCGAGUGGCGACGGCUGCCAGAGAUAUCAACGUGAGCCGGUGCACGAGGAUCGCGCCGGACGAGGACUGGCUGCCCCCCGAGGUAGCCGCGCGAGUCGAGCGCCUCGUCGCGGCGGACAGCGCCUGCGAGCAGCUCCCGCAAUCACUCCCCCGCCUGACGUACGCUGACGUCAGCGGGUGCCACCUCCGCACGCCCGACCAGCGCCACCCGCACGGCUGGCUCCCGCCGGGCGCGGCCCCCGCGCUGACGGAGCUCAUCGUCGACGGCUCGGCGUUCGAGGCGGUCCCAGCGGGCCUCGUAUCGCUCCGCAAACUGUCGGCCCGAGGGUGCGUCGCGCUGCCGUGCAGCGCCACGUGGAUCCCGCCGGACGCCGCCGCGUCGCUCGAGGAGCUCGACGUCUCGGGCUGCCCGGCGUUCGCGCGCCUGCCAAGCAACAUGACGGCCCUGCAGAGGCUGCGUGUGUCCGACUGCCCCAACCUCUCGUUGGCGGCCGACGGAUACUUCAUACCGCCGUCGUCCGUCGCGCGGCUCGCGGAGCUGGACUGCGCGAACAGCGCGCUGGACCGGCUCCCGGAGGGCAUGGCGGCGCUCACGCGCCUCGACGUGAGCGGGUGCCCGGGUCUGUCGGGGAGCGACGACACCGGGGGUCUGUUUUUGCCGGCGUCCAGCGCGCGCGCGCUCGAGGUGCUCGACGCCGCGGGGUCGGCGCUCGAGGCGCUCCCGGACGGCAUGAGCGCGCUGCGGUACGUCUCGAUCGAAGGCUGCGAACAGCUGUCCGACCCGUGGCUCCCGGCGUCCUCCGCGGGGGCUCUGGAGCAGUGCUUCGCCGCGGGAUCAUGCAUGGCGCGGCUCCCGCUCGCGCCGCGGCUCCAGCGCGUCGAUGUGGCAGGGUGCGGGAGCCUGGAGUACGAGGAGUGGCUGCCGGAGGGCUCGGGGCGCGAGGCGGAGGGGCCGCUCGUGGUCACGGGGGCCGGGCUGGCCAGCGGCGCAGGAGGGUGGUGGGCAGCGCUGGCGGGGGGCGACACGGUGGUGUCCGAAGCUCUGCGGUAG